AAAAGAUACACCGUGCCAAUUACAAUGCUGGCGAGCUACUGUAAUUGUGAUUCUUUUAUUUUUAUUAUCAGCUUUAUUUACUAUAUUAAUUGAAAAAAUGAUCGAUGAAGAACCUAGUAUUAAAAUCAGCUAUGAUAAAAAUGUUGAUUCUGUACCAAUGCCAAAUGUCUAUUUUACUUUUGAUAGAAGUUUUACUGUCUAUUGUGAUAAUCAAACAUUUGCAGAUUGUGAUCGUUAUUUUGAUAAUACUGAUAGGAAUAAUACCAUCUUCAGUGAUAUUAAUUUUGGAAAUUCUGUUUGGUAUCUUCCAAAUGGAAAAUUAACUUUUAAAAAUGAUCGAACUGCCUUUAUUUUUUAUAUUUAUAUAAAUGAUAAUACAUAUAAUAGUCUCAUUGAAACCAAUAAUAUGAAUAUGAUUGUAUUUGAUACAGACAAAUUAAGUAGUAGUGAACCAUAUGGUCUUAUUUCUAGAUGUUAUAGGAAACCUGACUAUUAUUUAUCUGUUGAUGACCUUAUAACGAAGGGCAAUAAACUCGUAUCAGGGCGUGAGGAAGCAUUAGAUAAUCGUAAAGGAUUGCCUGAUGAAAAAAUAUAG